AAGGCACCACAAGAGUGAGGACAGACUAAAGGAAGCCGGAGCCUUGCAGUGAUGGACGUGCUGGGUCAGGUCCUGGACGUCGCUCAGACCAUCUACGGCCUGUGUGACCAGGCCAGCUCCAAUAAGCAGCAAUGUCAUCGCCUAAAGAAGCGGAUACAGAUACUGCUGAUGGCCUCCAGGGCCUUGCAGAGUCAGAAGGAGAAGUCUGCGCAGCUGAAGGUGGUGAUGAACGAGCUGCGGGUGACCCUGGACAACGCCAAGUGCUGGGCCGUCAAGUAUUCACACCAGGCCUGGUGGAGGCAGAUCCUUCAGGCCAACAGCAUCAAGGAAGAGUUUGAGCUGAUCAAUGACCGGCUUGGGGACGCGGCCGGACAGGUCUCUCUGCUGCUGGAGAUCGAACAUCGUGAAAAGUUCUUCCAUUUCUUUACCGAGAAUACGCGAAAACGGCAGAACCAGAGGGACAUAGACGAAGACCUGCAGGAGCUGAAGAAUUAUCUCACCCAAAACAUCUCUAACAAGAUGGAGAACAUGGAGGACGGAAUGAAAAAAAUCCUCUCAGAAAUGGCUGCAAUACAAGCAGUGUGUAAACGCUCGUCCUGGCACAUCACUGAGAUUCGAGCCACAGAUCUAAAGCGUGGACCACUGCUGCUGGAGAAACCCAGCCACGACUUGUACCUGGGCGAAUACCACAGGGGUCCGGUGGCCAUUAAAGUGUUCAAGGGUCAACAGGUCAAAGACCAAGAUUUUAUCAUAAAAACCUUCCAGGCUGAGGGUGAAACCAUGAAGAAAUUUGAGUGUCUCAAUAUCUUACGGCUUUAUGGCAUUUGUGUCGACAAUUCAGGCACAGGCCCCUGCUACUCCCUCGUGAUGGAAUACUGUCAGAAAGGAACGUUGCGACAGCUGCUGGAAAGGGAGCCGGACCUGCCACCGGAGCGUCGUGUCCAGAUGGCGUUGGAUGCGUCCAGAGCUGUGUACCGGUUACAUCAGACCGAGAUGAAGGCCAUCCUGCACGGGAGUUUGAGCAGCGCCAAGUUCCUGGUGGACGGGACGUACUGUGUGAAGCUUUGCGGAUUUGAGCUUUCAAAGACGGAGUCCUCCCUUAGACGACCAUCGAAUGCAGAGAGGAGGAAAAAGAGCAGUGAGCUGGUUUACAUCGCCCCCGAGACCCUGCAGGACAUCAACGCCUACGACAAACGCAGCGAGAUUUACAGUCUGGGGAUGGUGAUCUACGAGAUUGCAAGUGGGAAACUGCCAUAUCAGGACCAGCCAGACGCUGAGGACCAGGCAGUGAACGGAGAGCUUCUUGAUUCUUGUCCUCCGGUGUUACGAGACCUUAUUACAAGAUGCCUGCAGAGGAAUCCGGGUGAUCGCCCCACAGCAGGAGUUAUUGUAGAUCUCCUGAUUGCUCAUCUGAAUCAAAGCCAAUGCUGAAUUCAUCUGCUUGACACCAAAGCGCGAAGCUCUCACUCCGCUGGGCCAGAGACAACUCCAUGAGAAGUGACUGCUCCUCGGGAAACCACCACGAUCUGUGCACGGAGCUUUGUCUCAUCUCGUGAGCUGAACCUUCCAUGUUGUGCCAGGGUUAGGCUGACAUCCUCAGGACAAGCGGAAUGAUAGGCUGCACUUUUCAUGUCUGCCACUAGAUGGCAGUGCAGCAACAUAAGCUCCUGACUGCUGCAGUGAACCGAUGAAGGACGGACACAACAGUAAUGGAACGCCUCCGGCCUGCAGCUGUUACAGCUCUCACAGGCCCCAUCACCACAGCAUCGCUGAAGAAACCUCUGCUCUGUGCCGCUGGAUCCGCACCGGAGAGGAUACUACAUCUGUAUUCUCACAUACUGAUGUGUUGAGGACUAGAAUUAACUUCAGUCAGGUCUAAUACCUUGCUAGUUAGGGUAGGGUCACCCAGGGUGGCAUUGAUGUGGCCGAAUGUAAUGGGCACACGGUUUUGUGGGUGGUAAAGCUGUGACUAAAUUAAAGAACCACUCCGAUGGCUUUUUUUUUCAGACUUGCAUUUCAAAUAGAUAUUAAACCUCCUUUACUAAUAAAGUUACAAUUUUAGAUG